UUAUGAGAAGAUCAGAGAUCAUGAUGGAUCAGCUCCUGUCUAAUAAAACGUCUGGAAGCAGAACCUGAAGUUCACUGCAGGUUAAUGUGUAAGAGAGAUCAGACCUUUGAGAUCAUCAAGUUCCACUCGCAGCUUUAAACCUCAGAACCCUGUGAAUGAUUCACUCCAUCUUCUGCUGCUUCUCUGCGCUGAUUCCCACACGUUCACUCGGAUUACUGAUGUCUUCAGAUGGUGAGAACUUUCACUCCUGGAACAUGAGCGGUGGACUCGGGCGGCUUCGACUGGACCAAAUGACCAUAAACGCAUUAGACGUGAUGUUUCUGCCAAAUCCUGAUUUCUCCUCGAGCGCUUCCAGCUUCAGAUCCGACCUCAGCCCCGGCUCUGGUGCUCUGCGUCUCGGUGGUGAAGAGAUAAGUUCAGGUUCAAGGUGUUCAGGUUCGAAGACUGCGCUUCACACACCACACGUGAGCGACGUGUUAUUAAACCUGGAGUGUAAAAUAUGUGGAGAUCGAGCCUCAGGGUUUCACUACGGAGUUCACGCUUGUGAAGGUUGUAAGGGUUUUUUUCGGAGAAGUGUGAGAUUAAAGCUGAAGUAUAAACCCUGCAGCCGCAGCUGUCGAAUUCACAAAAAAACACGCAACAAGUGUCAGUUCUGUCGCUUUCAGAAGUGUGUAUUUGCAGGAAUGUCUCACACCGCCAUCCGGUUCGGGAGAACGCCUCUGGCCGAGAGAGAGAAGAUGAUCCUGGAGUUCCGCUCGCUCGUCCAUCCCCUGGACUCCGAGUCAGAACAACACCAGGCCAUCAGCAGGAACCUGUACCAGUCCUACCUCAAACACUUCCCCAUGACCAGGAGCAAAGCCAAAGCCAUUUUAUCAGGAAAAGAUGAAGAGGAGAUGCUGUUUAUCAUCCAUGAUAUGAAGACCCUGACAGCGGGGGAGGAGCUUCUGAGGCGGAAGCAGUCGUGGGUUUCUGCUCAGUUCCCGGACGCGGCACUGGAGCUGUCCAUGUUCCGGCGAGUGCAGUACGGCUCGGCUGAGGGAGUGCGCAGACUCGCCGAGUUCGCCAAGAGCAUCCAGGGCUUCGGAGAGCUGGACCUGAACGAUCAGAUCACCAUGCUGAAGUACAGCGCCUUGGAGAUCAACAUCAUCCGCAUGAGUCACCUGAUCAACAAGGACGGUGUCCUGAUGGCAGAUGGAUGCGUCUUUAUGACCCGAGAGUUCAUCAAGAGCCUCCGCAAACCCUUCUGUGACAUGAUGGAGACCAAGUUUGAGUUUGCGGCUAAGUUUCAAGCCCUGGAGCUAGAGGACUGCGACCUGGCGCUCUUCAUCGCUGCAGUCAUCCUCUGUGGAGAUCGACCGGGUUUGGUGAACUCCAAAGCUAUUGAGGCACUCCAGGAUGAAGUUCUACAGGCUCUGGAGCUCCAGCUGCAUGUUCUUCACCCUGAGUCUCCUCACCUUUUCGCCAAACUGCUGCAGAAGAUCACGGACCUGCGGCCACUGGUGGCCGAACACGUGCGCAACAUCCACCUACUGGAGAAGAACGAGUUGGACAUGUGUCUUCACCCACUUCUCCUGGAGAUCAUGCAGGACCUUUACUAGAACCCACAAUGUUCUUCUGCUUCAGAAUCCAGAAUAAUCAUUAAAUUAAGAAAAAAACGAUAGAAAAAUCUCUGUAUCUGAAAACAAUUCAGCAGUUUUGAAAAUACAGAUAAAAAAUUACAGAUAUUCAUUUCAAAAACUGAGUAUAUAAUAAUUAUUUUUCUAUUUGAAUCAGAUUUUAAAACGUUUUUAAAAAUAAUUACAAAAUAAUGAUUACAGAAAAGCUUUAAAAAAAGCCAGUUGUUAAAAAUUGAAUUUAAAAAAAUUGUAUUUCAUUAAGAAAAGAAAAAGAAACGCAGCCACAAAAAGGUGAAAUUGUAAGAAUGACAAAAAGAUUGCAAAUUGUAUUUUAUAUAAAUAAAAAGCAAAAUAUAUUUAAGUAUUUAUUUUAAAUGUAAAACCAGAAAUCCACAUUAUUUAUUUUUAAUGUGCUUUUUAACAACUUUUAAAACACUUCAAAAGUGCUGAUUGUUUAUUAAAGGAAUAAACCAACAUUUUCAAAAUGUAGUAGAAAAAAGUACAUCAUUCAGUCUGAUUAAAAAAAAGAUUUCAUGAAUAUGCAAAUAAGAAGCACCACCCAUUUUUGCUGCCAGGGCUGUAUUUGCAUACAGUAAAAUGAUUGGCUCGAACAUUUCAUGAUGUAAUAACCGUUGGGUUUCUUUUCCCUGUAAUGUGUUUAUUCACUUAAAUUCAUUUCUCUUAAAAAAGUUUCAUCAGACAAAUAAAAAUAAAAUCUUAUAAACUUAAUUUAUAAAGUCCCCGUUUAUUGACGAUGUGAAGUCGAGAUCCUGGAGAGUCUGCAGUUUUCCACAACAUGGUGAUGAAAUCUAUUUUCCAGCCAGUGAGGAUCAUUUUAAUAGUGAAGUGCAAAAGUUAGCACACCCCAAACUUCAAAACAGAAACAUGUCAUUUAGGUUGAGAUGGAAACUUCCACAAUAUUGUGAGUAACAGAACACACUAUGGAUCACGUUUCUCCAAGAUACCAGGUGUGAGGUGUCUCCAUCAUACUUCUGAUUCUGCUCAUCUGCUCCAUGAUUACUGAGGUUCAUAUCUCCAAAACUGUCUAAUUAACAUCUUCAUUAAUAAAGUGUUCCUGAUUUUCACAAAAUCUCACUCUGGGAUCGAGAGGAAAAGCCGACAAAUCGAGGGAGCAAGAAUUAAAAUAAAAUAUCAGAGAUGAAGAAAGAGUUUUGUGACAAAAUAAACCAACAGGGAUUUAAAAUACUAAAUUUGUUAAAAAAAAAAAAGAUAAAAUCUGAAGGUUCUGAUGAUACUAAAGAUCGCUGAAUGUUGCAGUCAUGUAGGCUCAGGUAGGUAAAGGUGCCAAUACUUUUAAUAAAUAAAGCGGGGGUUCACUGAACUCACAAAUUUAACCCUUAAAUAAAUUCAAAAGAAAACAUUUAAUAAAAAAGGAGCUGAAAACAAUAACGCAGAUUCCCCACGCUGAUCAGAGAUCCUGACCAAUCAGUGAUGAGCACGCCUCCUAGCCCCGCCCACAUCAUUUUAUUUACUCAAAUCUGUUGUGUAAAAAACAGACGUCAAUGAAAGAUGAAGUUUUUUGUAUUUAACUUUAAUUUAAAUGUUAUUAAAAUAAUCAUUAUUGAUAAACAGUUUGUACUGGAGUCACAUACACAUCUGAUUCAAACAUCUGUAGAGAGGCGGAGUCUCGCUCGUCUAAACCCAUCACAGGACGUGUGUGUACGUUAACGUUUCUCUCACAUAUAAAACUACACACGCAGGGUAAAGGCGUGGCAGCGACGAGACGUGUGGAAAAAACAAUGUCCUUCACUGUGUGAUGAAGGUCGAGCGCAAAUUCUCCAACGGAGUGAAGCGUAAAAAUAACAUGGUCUGAUGUAAGGAAUAAAAAUGGUGUGUGUGUGUGUGUUUGUGUGUGUGUGUGUAUGUGUGUGGGGUUAGCUGAACGGCACGGAAAAUGGUGAGAUGAUCGAAAGGAGGAUCAGUCAUGACCAGUGAGAUGAAUGGAGGAAUGAGAG